CGAACCCAUUGACGUACGGGCUGGUUCCAGAAGCCCUUGCCUGACCAAAAGGCUGCUGAGAGCUGAAACCGGAAGCCCUCGGACACCGUAACCUCCAUAUAUCUUUCUUCUCCAUUUUGUCGAUCGAGAGCUUCGGAUACCUAUAUUCUGAGAUCACCAAUGGCUCCGAAGACGAGAGAGAAGGCAAAACCCGCACAAUCUGCUGCAUCGCAGCCUAUCGAGGAUCUCUUCACAUCUCUGAACAGGCACAUCGAGCGGUCCGAGUACGCGCAGGCCGUCAAACUCGCAGAUCAAAUUCUGUCGAUUGCCCCCGGUGAUGAGGACGCGCUUAGAUGCAAGGUCGUGGCACUGAUCAAGGAUGAUAAUAUUGACCAAGCCCUCUCGGUGGUCCAAUCUUCUCAGAAGCUCCCGUUUGAUUUUAAUUUCUUCAAGGCAUACUGCUUUUACAGACACAACAAAUUGGAUGAAGCUUUGGAAUCUUUAAAAAACCAAGAGAAAAACCCUGCAACUAUGCUUUUGGAAUCUCAGAUUCUAUAUCGUUUAGAAAAAAUGGAUGCUUGUAUUGAUAUCUAUCAGAUGCUUCAAAAGUCCAAGAUCGAGUCAUUAGAGAUAAAUAUUGUUGCUGGUUUGAUUUUGGCUGGGAGGGCUUCUGAAGUACAAGGAUUGAUGGAAGCACUCAGAGUGAAACCAACGAGCAGCUUUGAGUUGGCAUACAACACUGCUUGUUCAUGUAUUGAAAGGAAGAAGUACACAGAUGCAGAACAGCACUUGUUGUCAGCUCGCAGAAUUGGUCAGGAAACACUUAUGGAGGAGAAUUGGGCUGAUGAUGAGAUAGAAAAGGAAUUGGCUCCAAUAGCCGUCCAGCUGGCAUAUGUUCAACAGCUCCUUGGACAUACACAAGAAGCCCUAGAAUCUUACACGGACAUUAUAAACCGAAAUCUGGCUGAUGAAUCAUCACUUGCUGUAGCAAUAAACAACCUUGUCUCAUUGAAAGGUUCAAAGGAUACCUCUGACAACCUGAGGAAACUUGACCGGCUGUUUGAGAAAGGCAGUGGGGCUCAGAACUUCCAGCUUGUUUGGGGACUUGAUUCAAAGCUUUCACCAAAACAGAAGGAAGCAAUAUAUGCUAAUCGGCUACUUCUGCUUCUCCAUGCGAAUAGGAUAGAUCAGGCUCGAGAACUUGUUGCGGCACUGCCAGAUAUGUUUCCUGACAGUCUGAUGCGAACACUGCUUCAAGCAGCAGUUUUGGUGAGAGAGAAUAAAGCAGGAAGUGCUGAAGAAAUCUUGGGAAAGUUUGCAGAAAAGUUCCCUGAUAAUUCGAAAGCUGUACUACUCGCAAGGGCACAGAUUGCUGCUGCUGCCGGUCAUCCUCAAAUUGCAUCUGAAUCCCUGUCCAUGGUACCUGAUAUCCAGCACAUGCCCGCCACUGUUGCCACCCUUGUAUCAUUGAAAGAGCGUGCUGGAGACAUUAAUGGUGCAGAGAUGGUGCUGGAUUCCGCAAUCAAAUGGUGGUCAAAUGCCAUGAGCGAAGACAAGCAGCUGGACGUGGUCAUGCAAGAGGCUGCUUCCUUCAAGCUCAAGCACAAGAGGGAGGAAGAGGCUGCUCGCUUAUACGAGGAGCUUUUUAAGAGCCAUGGAAGUGUUGAAGCUUUGGUUGGGCUGGUAACCACGGCUGCUCACGUGAAUAUUGAGAAGGCAGAAGCUUAUGAGAAGAAGCUGAAGCCGCUGCCAGGUUUGAAGGGGAUUGAUGUGGAUGGUUUGGAGAAGACCUCCGGUGCAAAGCACAUUGAAGGUAGUUCUCGAGUGGGGGUUGUGGAAGAAAAUAAGCACAAGGAGAAGACUAAGAAGAAGAGAAAGAGGAAGCCAAAGUACCCCAAAGGGUUUGAUCCUGCAAACCCGGGUCCUCCGCCGGAUCCAGAACGAUGGCUGCCCAAGAGGGAGAGGUCUAGUUACAGGCCCAAGAGAAAGGAUAAGAGAGCUGCUCAGGUGAGAGGUUCCCAGGGUGCCGUCACUAGAGAAAAACAAAAUGACGGGGCUGCUGGUACGAGCACCAAUAUCACCAAUUUGAGAUCAAACCAGGCUAGUACCUCCAAAGGGAACUCACAGAAUGCAGGGGCUGAGCAAUCCAAGCCUUCAUCCAAGUCAUCUAGGAAAAAGUCAAGGAACUAAUUGGGGGAAAAAACAUAAUGUUAAUUUAAUUCAUAGACAUUUGAUUUUAUUUUACUGGGAACCUAGCUGAAAUUUUGGUAGCUUGGCACUUAGGCUUGGGCAAUUGUACCUUUUCCAGAGCCUGCGGCUUAAACCAUGGACGCCUUGUGCUCAACUGAGCUUGUUCCAUUCUGCAUUUUUGAUACAUUUGCAUCUGUUCAAUCCCUUAAAAUGGAACUGUGACCAUGCCCAAAUGUUCAUAAUGGCUGUAGUGUGAGAAUGAAUGAUUGAUGAUUUCUAUUAUC